AUGGGUGACAGAAGAUUUAUUGACUUCCAGUUCCAAGAUUUAAAUUCAAGUCUCAGACCCAGGUUGGGCAAUGCAACUGCCAAUAAUACUUGCAUUGUUGAUGACUCCUUCAAGUAUAAUCUGAAUGGUGCUGUCUAUAGUGUUGUGUUCAUCCUCGGUCUAAUAACCAACAGUGCCUCCCUGUUUGUAUUCUGCUUCCGCAUGAAAAUGAGAAGUGAGACUGCUAUUUUCAUCACCAAUCUGGCCCUAUCUGAUUUGCUUUUUGUCUGUACUCUACCUUUCAAAAUAUUUUACAACUUUAAUCACCACUGGCCUUUUGGUGACACCCUUUGUAAGAUCUCAGGGACUGCAUUCCUCACCAACAUCUACGGGAGCAUGCUCUUCCUCACCUGCAUAAGUGUGGAUCGUUUCCUAGCCAUUGUCUAUCCCUUCCGAUCUCAUACCAUCAGGACCAGGAGGAAUUCUGCCAUUGUGUGUGCUGGAGUCUGGAUCCUAGUCCUCAGUGGUGGUAUUUCAGCUUCUUUGUUUUCCACCACUAAUGUCAACAAUGCAACCACCACUUGCUUUGAGGGCUUCUCCAAACGCGUCUGGAAGACAUACCUGUCCAAGAUCACCAUAUUCAUUGAAGUUGUCGGGUUCAUCAUUCCUCUGAUAUUGAACGUUUCUUGCUCUUCUGUGGUGCUGAGAACCCUCCGCAAGCCUGCAACAUUGUCUCAAAUUGGAACCAAUAAGAAAAAAGUGUUGAAGAUGAUCACAGUGCAUAUGGCAGUUUUUGUGGUAUGCUUUGUACCAUACAACUCUGUUCUCUUUUUAUAUGCCUUGGUAUGCUCCCAAGCCAUUACAAAUUGCUUAUUGGAAAGGUUUGCAAAGAUCAUGUACCCAAUUACCUUGUGCCUUGCAACUCUGAAUUGUUGCUUUGAUCCUUUUAUCUAUUACUUCACUCUUGAAUCCUUUCAGAAAUCCUUCUAUAUCAAUACACAUAUAAGAAUGGAAUCCCUGUUUAAGACUGAGACACCUCUGACCCCAAAGCCUUCCCUUCCAGCUAUUCAAGAGGAAGUUAGUGAUCAAACAACAAAUAAUGGUGGUGAAUUAAUGCUGGAAUCCACCUUCUAGGUACUAGAAUUAUUUUUCAUGUACAGUAACAGUGUCUCCUAUGAGUUUUCCUAUGCUAUAAG